AGGAGUAUCUUAAAAGGUUGAGGUCUAUAAUGCAAGGAGGAGAAGUUCCAUCAUUUGAGGUUCUGUUUCUUUGACCGUUCUGUUCGUGAUACCCUGAAGAAGACACUGAUCUUGCCCCGCCAAACGAAAGCAGUCCAGACCAAACCAACAAUAUUCCAGACGUUCUUCUGACACAAAUCUGUCCCAACUUCGCCGAGUCUUCUACAUACAUCGAUAUCAAUUUAUAGCAGACAUUGAUAGCGGCCGACCUUCUGAACCGUGAUAUACUUCUCACCCCUACAAAACUUACACGAAAAGCUCUAUAUAAUCGACUGUUGCGCAAGAGACAUGGCUGCUGCGGCCGGAGAUACGCCCGCAGUUGUUGAGGGUGCUACUGCGAAUGCUCCAUCUACAGUCGACCUCCCAGUGCGAUCAAAGCAAGAUGCUACGCCGCCACCAGGCCAGACGCUGACUGGCAAGCAAGAACACUACCUCAAGAGAGAGCUUAUUUCGGAGCAGGUAAAGUGGGAAAUAAACGAACUCAAUUCUACAACCGCCCUCCAGCGCUUCGGUGCGCCAUUUCGAUCCGACCACGGUGAAGUCCCCCCUGAGGAGUCCGAGUUGCCCAUUCUGCGAUACAUCUUCGUCCACCAUGUUCGCGACUUUCCUUUCCUUGAUAAGGCGCACGAGAAGGAAUUCUGGCAGGACAAGCUCCAAGUGUUCCUCGAGUCAUUCGCAGGAAAGCAGAUUUCAUCGUCGGAGGAUCGCCUGGAGGAGACGAAGCGACGAAAGCUAGCCAUCAAGGCCAGGAAACUUGUUGAGCUAAUGAUGGUGUCUGGAAUUGGAACAUCAUCAGGAUUUGAGGAGCGCAUUCGAUUUUCAGAGAUUGAGAUUGUUGACAGCAAUGCUAUUGACACUGGUGUCAUGCAUACUCUGCCUGAGGGCAACUAUAUCAAUGGCUGGGAUGUCAAUGUCGCUGGCGUUCGAGUCACCCAAGUCAAGCAUACGAUCCGAAAGCACAAACACGCCGAGUUUAUCCUACGCAUCAAGAAGAAGGGAGAGCUGGAGCACUAUGUUGGACGGAGAUACAGCGACUUUGCCAAACUUCACAGCCGAUUGCGACAAGAGCUUCCUGGUCGAGUCGUACCAGAAAUGCCCAAGAAGAACAAGUCUGAUACAACAACAACGAUCGCCUUUACUUCCAUGUUCAGCAAUGGAAACGAAUCAGAUGCUUCUUCUAUUUCCUCAGUUUCGACAAGACCCAAUGGGUAUUCUUCUAUGUUGACGCCUGGUCACCGUAGGGCUGGAUCUGCGGCAUCAUUCAGAUCGAAUCGAUCCAAGGGGCUCAACUCUCCUAGAAUUCCAUCUCCUCGCGUGUCUACUGAGGGAGGAAGACUUAGCCCCGCCAUCCGCCAGGAUUCGGAUAAGUCAGAUAAAUCAGAGACAGUUGUUCUAUGGCGUGAAAACCAAAGAAUUUCGCUCAGAGCGUUCUUGCGCUCCGUCCUCCACAACCCCCAAUUUGCUAAUACCAAGGCUAUGCAAGAGUUUCUGAGUGGCGAGCCCAUUACUCCUACAGACGAGGAUGUUGAAGAUAUUCUUCGAAGGAAGGAGGUGGAUGCGAAGCGCAUGGAAGAGCAAAAGCAAUUCUAUGAAAUCGCAAGGAAACGAGCCGCCGAACUUGAUGAGUACAUGGAACAGUUCCGUCGCGAUAUAGUAGAACAGAACGGACUUACCAUGCUCUUCAAGGAGAUCAAGGAAAAGGAGACGAUCCAGGAUCUCAGUAUACAAUAUCGAAAGUUUGCCGAGUGGCUUCGUAUCGAGAUUGCUGCCGUCAUCUAUCACCUUUUCCUGGCUGAGGACAACUCCCCUGAGCUCUUUGCCCAGGCGAGACGCAUCCACUCUCUCAUCCCAUACUCAGUUAUCAAGAACGUUAUCCGUAUCGCCAACCCCGCGGCAGUCAUGUCUGGUGUUCUCGACAUCUUCCUAGCUCAGCCAUUUGGUACACGGUCGCUGAUGCAGAGAAUUUUCUCACUUACACUCAAUGACGGUAUCAAGAGCUUCCAAAAGUCGAUCGAUAUCCUCGCUAGCAAGAUUGACGACCCUGUCUUCUCAGACAAGCUUUACAAGUACACACAUGCGGAAGAACAUAUCAAGGUUGCCAUUCGUGAAGAGGCGGAGGCGGAUGAUAUGGACUUGAUCGUGGCGAUCAUGAGAUCUGAUCUCAUUGAGCCAGGACUGACAGGAGAGCAAAUCCAGAGACUCUACAACGCAUAUGUCGCUUUCAACAACGCUGUGGAGAACAUUGACGAGGAGCUGCGCCAGGGCGCUCAAUUGUUUUCGUAUAUGAAGCAGUACUUGAAGCUCUGCACAAGACAGAGGGACAAGGAGAUGAUGCUCCAGUUGAUCGAGGAGCCGGUAACUCUCCAGCUGUUCCGAGAUCUCUUUACCAUCUUCUACGAGCCUCUCGUGCGAGUCUACAAGUCGGCAAACGUGUACAACAGUGUCACUGAUUUUGCCGUCUUUAUCGAUGACAUGAUCCAGGUCGUCGACAAGUGCAGAGAGCAAGAUGCAUCGGCUGAUCCAAACCAGACUGUCCAGGCAUUCAUUGAUCUUUGCCAGCGACACGAGCAUAACUUUUACAAGUUUGUCCAUGAAGUGCAUACUCAUGAUAAUGGCCUCUUUACACAGCUCAUGGGCUGGAUUGAGGGUAUUCUUGAGUUCUUGCGAAAGGGCCCUAAGAACGGAACUCUUAAUGUCAACGCCUUGUUCGAGGGCGGUGUCAGUGCUGGAAUUCUGGAUAAAGAUAAGGCAAUUGCAGAGAUCAACUCUCUUAUUGCAUGGCAAGAAGCUCGAAAGAAGUGGCACAACGACAAGACUAGGCAGAAGAUGGCAGCUGAGGGGCAUGCAGGAAGUGACAUGAUGCCAACGGCAAUGGCUUUCAACUCAUCCGACUUUGGAUUAGACAGCGAGGACCUCGAGGAUAUGGCAUAUGAUGACGGGUCAGAAGACGAGGCAGAGGCGGAAGCAGAAGAUGAGUUGGACCCCAUCGAAGCUGAGAGGCGACGCAGAGCCAAGCGACAGGAUCGUCUGCGACGAAGCGCUGGAGAGCCUGUUAAACCUCCUGUGAGAGAAGUUCAUAAGCUGACCGAUAACUUCUUGGUCAUGCUUCGCCAAACUACAGCACGAAAACCGGACUUUGAUGACCGGCCCCGAAAACUGGUUCCGGGCCGGGUCGUGAUGUUACGACUGACAGCAGCUGGAGGUGGAGCCGUCAGCACAUGCCGUUGGUAUCAGAAUUGGCGGGGGAAACGGGGAGCCGAAGGGCAAAAUGUACAUCCGCGGACACGUGAUGAGAUUGUCUUUAACGUCAUGGAUUUCUUAGACUCUCAAAGGCGAAUCUUCCCGAUCCAUUGGACUUUGAUUAGGCGGCGAAUAAUCGGCGCUGCUAAUAAGCCAACGCUGAUUGGUCGGAUCAACCGAGGAGCCGAGAGAAUCCCCCGAGUUAUCACUGGCAAUGGUCCUCUGCGAGCUAAGGAGGCCUCUCCUUUUGUGAGCAACAAAUACGCCGUCAUCGACCACGAGUAUGAUGCUCUCGUUGUUGGUGCUGGUGGUGCCGGUCUUCGAGCUGCUUUCGGUCUCGCUGAGGCUGGCUUCAACACUGCCUGUAUCUCCAAGCUUUUCCCUACUCGAUCUCACACCGUCGCCGCCCAGGGUGGUAUCAACGCUGCCCUAGGUAAUAUGCACGAGGACGAUUGGCGAUGGCACAUGUACGAUACCGUCAAGGGUUCCGACUGGCUGGGUGACCAGGAUGCUAUUCACUACAUGACCCGAGAGGCUCCCGCUUCCAUUAUCGAGCUUGAGAACUACGGCUGCCCCUUCUCGCGAACUGAGGAUGGCAAGAUUUACCAGCGAGCUUUCGGUGGUCAAUCCAAGCAGUACGGAAAGGGUGGACAAGCUUACCGAUGCUGCGCUGCUGCUGAUCGAACCGGCCACGCCCUUCUUCACACCCUCUACGGACAGUCUCUCCGACACAAGACCAACUACUUCAUCGAGUACUUCGCCCUCGACCUGAUUAUGCAGGACGGUGAGUGCCGCGGUGUCCUUGCCUACAACCAGGAGGACGGCACUCUGCACCGAUUCCUUGCCAACCACACCGUUCUCGCUACUGGUGGUUACGGCCGAGCCUACUUCUCUUGCACAUCUGCCCACACCUGUACCGGUGACGGUAUGGCCAUGGUUGCCCGUGCUGGUCUCCCCAACCAGGAUCUCGAGUUCGUCCAGUUCCACCCUACCGGUAUCUACGGAGCUGGUUGCCUGAUCACUGAGGGUUCUCGUGGUGAGGGUGGUUACCUCCUCAACUCUGAGGGUGAGCGAUUCAUGGAGCGAUAUGCCCCUACCGCCAAGGAUCUUGCUUCUCGUGAUGUCGUUUCUCGAUCCAUGACCAUGGAGAUCCGUGAGGGCCGAGGUGUUGGUGCUGAGAAGGAUCACAUCUACCUCCAGCUCAGCCAUCUGCCCGCUGAGAUUCUUGCUGAGCGUCUGCCCGGUAUUUCUGAGACCGCUGGUAUCUUUGCUGGUGUUGAUGUCCGCAAGCAGCCCAUUCCCGUCCUUCCUACCGUCCACUACAACAUGGGUGGUAUUCCUACACGAUACACUGGUGAGGUCCUUACUGUUGACGAGAAGGGUGAGGACAAGGUUGUCCCUGGUCUGUACGCUUGCGGUGAGGCCGCUUGUGUGUCUGUCCACGGUGCUAACCGUCUGGGUGCCAACUCUCUUCUGGAUCUUGUUGUCUUCGGUCGUGCCGUUUCGCACACCAUCCGUGACAAGUUCAACCCCGGUGACGCCCUGAAGCCCGUUGCCGCUGAUGCUGCUUCCGACCAUAUCGAGGUCCUCGACAAGGUCCGAACUGCUGAUGGUCCUAAGAGCACCGCUGAGAUCCGACUUGCCAUGCAGAAGGCUAUGCAAACUGAUGUCAGCGUUUUCCGAACACAAGAGAGUUUGGACGAGGGUGUCCGUAAGAUGAAGGAGAUUGAUGGCAUGUACAGCCAGGUUGGCAUGAAGGAUCGCAGCAUGAUCUGGAACUCUGAUCUCGUUGAGACUCUUGAGCUCCGCAACUUGCUCACCUGCGCUAUCCAAACCGCCACCUCUGCCGCCAACCGAAAGGAGUCUCGUGGUGCUCACGCCCGCGAGGACUUCCCCGACCGAGAUGACGAGAAGUGGAUGAAGCACACUCUUUCUUUCCAGAAGGAGCCUCACGGCAAGGUCGACCUGGCCUACCGAAAGGUCAUCGACACCACCCUGGACGAGGCCGAGUGCAAGCCCGUGCCACCCUUUAAGCGAGUGUACUAAGUGUUUGCGGAUCCGGACACGAGGAAGUACUUGGGAAGGAGUUUUUGUUAGCUUGUUGGGAAACUUGGCAUGCAUGAUUCUACGCAGGGCAGCGUCUCCUUUGUGACAAGAUGUGCGGUAUAUAUAUCCUUUGGGAAGAGGAGAUGGACAUGAUAAGCAGCGAGAGGAUGGUCUCUGCUGGGUCUUAGGAUGGAGACUUGGCAAGGGACGUGUAUUUGUCGACAUUUUGUAGUUCAAAAGAAGUUAAGAGACUUAAAAGAAGAUUUUCCAUGUACCUUGGAUCACUGCGUCUACUACCAAUCAUUUUGUUUGGUAAGCUUGAUACUAUAGAUGGAGUUCAAUUUGUUUUAACAGCCUAGGUUUAGUUCUGCUUUAGGCCAUGUUCAUCAUAAGACUCGUUAAAUACUGGUCUCAAUUCAUGAAAGCUACAAGCUGGAUCCAUCCUCGAAUUUCUUAGGGACACUGUAC